AGGAUGAUUAAUAGGACAAUAAGUCGCUUGUUACAGAGCUUAAUUAAUCGCAGAAACCUUAAUCCUCCUCCUUUGGUCUUAAAAGAGUCGUUGUCGUAUCGUUUGGGUUCGUUGACUCCAAUGGAAAACGCCGGUAAAGCUAUGGCAGUCCAAGCGUCCCGUGAAAUAUUCCACCGGCUCAUGAGCGAGAAUUCUUCUGGUGGGUGGGAGAAGAGUUGGGAAGCAGGAGCGACGCCAUGGGACUUGGGGAAACCAACUCCGGUUAUUGUGAAUCUUGUCGAGACUGGUUCAUUACCUAAUGGCAAAGCUCUAGUUCCUGGUUGUGGAACCGGUUAUGAUGUGGUGGCAAUGGCUUCCCCUGAUCGUUAUGUCAUUGGACUGGAUAUAUCUAAAACUGCGGUUGAGCGAUCAUCAAAGAUGUUCUCCUCAUUGCCCAAUGCAAAAUACUUCUCCUUCUUGAGUGAAGAUUUCUUCACUUGGGAGCCAGCUGAAAAAUUCGAUCUCAUUUUUGAUUAUACCUUCUUCUGUGCCUUUGAACCUGGCGUGAGACCUCUAUGGGCACAGCGAAUGGAGAAACUUCUGAAACCCGGUGGAGAGCUUAUAACAUUGAUGUUUCCUAUUGAUGAACGUUCUGGAGGUCCUCCUUACAAAGUAUCUGUGUCAGAAUACGAGAAGGUUCUGAUUCCAUUGGGGUUUGAAGCAAUCUCCAUUGUGGAUAACGAACUUGCUGUAGGACCACGCAUGGGAAUGGAGAAGCUUGGAAGAUGGAAGAAAUCUGGCACAUUUCACUCCACCUUGUAAAUCGUGAUUAAUGUUUGUUUAUUGAUCAUUACAAAAGCCCAUAUGCUUCAAUCUGUUUAUGUCACUGGAAAUAAUAUUUGUAACACAUGUUUACUAUUCAACAGUUCCCUUUUUA